ACCGCGCCACCUCGCGACGAAUUCUUCACUCUUUUAGUUUUGCAAGUGAAGUAAUUCCCAACAAAAUGGGUAAAAUUAUGAAACAAGGGAAAGUCGUAUUGGUCCUCGGGGGCCGAUACGCAGGCAGAAAAGCCAUCGUGGUUAAAAACUACGAUGAUGGUACUUCUGACAAACAAUACGGACACGCUCUUGUAGCUGGAAUUGACAGAUACCCAAGGAAAAUCCACAAACGUAUGGGUAAAGGCAAAAUGCACAAGAGGUCCAAGAUCAAGCCUUUCGUUAAGGUAUUGAACUACAAUCACUUGAUGCCCACUCGUUAUUCAGUAGAUUUAACCAGUGACCUGAAAGUAGCGCCAAAGGAUCUUAAAGACAAAAUGAAGCGCAAGAAGAUCAGAUUCCAAACCAGAGUUAAAUUUGAAGAAAGAUAUAAGCAAGGUAAAAACAAGUGGUUCUUCUCCAAACUAAGGUUCUAGAUUAUGAAUACUUUAUCUUUUUUGUUAUUUAACGCCAAUAAAAAAUAAGAAACAUAAUGUAUUUUUACUAUACUUUAAUAUUUAUAAUGUAUGUAAAUACAGGGUGUCCUGAAAUUAGUGUGCACUAAUGACAACUUGACUUUUAUAAAAAAAAAAUUCUAAAACAAAAUGUGCCUUUCUGAUACAAACAUCUUGGAUUUAAAAAUUGUCUUUAUUUAAUAGUUUGAGAUGAAAUUUUGUUUUAGAAACUUUUUAUAAAAAGGUCAAGUUGUCAUUACAAAAC